AUGCCAGAACUAGGUGGCGGAAGGCAGUACAAGUCCAGACGGAACCGGCCCUGUGAUCUCUGUAGGUCGCGCAAGGCAGCCUGUGUCAUCACGACACGCCCCCCUUGCGAUCUGUGCCGGACUAAAGGACUGCAAUGCACCUUUGUCAAGGGGCCCGGCGCCCGUCGUCGAUUGCUAAGCGAUUGCCCGUCGGCGGUCUCUGCGACCGACACCAAUGACACCAUCGUUGCCGCAACCACAGACGACAACGUCUCUGUGGAGCCCGUCAUCUUCCACCGAUCCCAGCUCAUGGGCAGUCCAGAUGGCAAGGGAGAACCUGAUGGCGAGGGCGAGGACGAAGACCUGAACCUGAGCGUGGACGUGGACACGACCGCUGACCCGCUGCUCGACAAUGAGCUGACCAGUCGGCAGGCCGUCUCGCCAAAGGUAUUGAAAGGUUCAGACCGGUCGCCAUCUGUUGCACUGUCACAUGGCAAUGCCGUCAAUCAGACCGUUGACAGCAGCUGCAGCCGCGUCAGCCUCGAAAACAGUGCCGGCCGGCCUUGCCGCUUUGUCGGCCUGGCCGGUGAGCUGGACGCGUAUCUGAUCGCUCGGAGACGGUGCAACGAGUCUCUGCAAUCGCAGUCGCCCUUCACGGGCGUCACGUACCAGUACAUGAAGUCGUUGGAGACGGGCCUAGCUGAGUUCCAGCCACCGCCUGUAUUCACAGUCGGCGAUGUGGCACAGCUUGAACACUCCAGGCUCGAUUCGGAGCUUGACAGUCUCCGUCAUCUGCGCCAUUGCUUUGGCGGCCUCGUGCCAAACAGCCUGGCGCGCGAGCUGAUGCGAAUCUUCUUCCGUUUCAUCAGCACAUCGUUUCCCGUGCUGAGCCGGCGGCAGAUGCCGGCGACCGAUGGCGCCGUCGAUGAGCUGCCGCUGUCGCUGCUGGCGGCCGUCUGUGCGUCGGCGCUUCCAUUCGUCAUAUACGAUGAUGUCUUGUGCGUCCUGGGCGAAGCGGUGCCGGAUGCUAGCGAGAUCCACCGGAUAGCCUGUGACGCCCUGCACUUGGAACGCCACCACGACGCACGUCUAGCCACAGUGCAGGCCACGCUGUUGGUGCUGCAACGGCCACCACGCGACGACCUGUUUGGCGAUGCCGCGGCACAUUGGCGCAUGUGCGCCGUGCUGGUGGCCGACUGCCAGGCCCUGGGCCUGCAUCGUAAUGCUGCUGCUGGCUGGGCUGCCCUAGCACGGUGGGAGGUCCGCCUGCGAACACGUCUGUGGUGGGCGGCCGUUGUGACCGAGACCUGGACUGCUUUUGGCCAGGGAAUGCGCAGUCAUAUCAACGACGAUGAUGCGGAUGUGCCGCUGCCGACAGAAGCAGACGUCUACGACCACACAAGCUUAGAGGACGACGAUGGUGCUCCGUUUUGCCACCUCGUCCGCCUGACCCUCAUACUGCGAGACAUCCACACCGCCUUCUAUACUGUGCAAUCGGCCCAGCGAACAUGCUGCGACUUGCAGACGUCGCUAGAUACGUCCAAGCACCUGUUUGCACGGCUGAAACAAUGGCAUCAGGCACUUCCUGCGCCACUGAAACUGAUGCAGACGGGGGGGCAGCAAGGCCAGACUGACGAGACGACACGCAUUGCCGUGGCCGCGGCUGACAUUGGCGCCUUGAGCACGAGCGGCACGCUGCGUCUGGCCUACGUUGUGGCACAACUGGCGCUGUUCCGUGCGCUGCUGCGGCCCCUGGCCAUGGCGGACAUGACAGCGCAGCACGAUGCCGUUCCGGCGGGUUUUUGGGACACCGAUGGUGCUGUUGCCAUCAUGAAGGGUGCUCUGGUGUCAGCUCGGGAGUUGGUGCGCUUCAUCGAGGGCCUGACAACGGCCGAUUGGGACGGCUUCUGGCACAGCUGUAGCUCGCCGGACGACUCGACCGAGCUGCGUCUCCGGCCACACGCGAACAGUGUCAGUAGCGUCGGAAGCUCACAGGCGCCCAACAGCAGCACGAGCCCUGACGUCGAGGACAGCGCCCCCUCUGGCCACUACCUUGAUGCGAUGCACACAGAACUAGAGGUGCUGACUAAACGGUGGAGGUGGGCGCUGCGAUUGGCCCAGAGGGGCGCCGGCGGUCGCAAGGGACUGAUGCGUGUGAGUCUGCGUCGGACAGAAGCGCUAUUCCGUGAGUGGCAGAUCGGGAAGUCGAGCAGAGAGGACGGGAAAAUAGUAUAA